AUGUCUCGUUUACCCACCACAAACGACGCCAUUACAACAGGUAAAGUCUCUAAGCGAUGGAAACAUCUUUGGACUUUGGUUCCUACUCUAAUUUUCGAACGUUACAAUGAUAAUCACCUGUGGCCCGAUCUCAUCGACAAAACCCUUACUCAGUGUCACCAAUUGAAGCUCAAAAGAUUUGAAGUGUAUACCAGUAUGAUAUUUGAUUUGAAUCACAAGUCAAACGUUGGAUUCGUUAAUCGUUAUGCUGUAAGACGCAACGUUGAGAAGCUUAAUUUGAGGUUAUGGAAUUUGGAAUGCGAAGUUGAGUUUCCAUUAGAUCAAUAUUUUUUCAUGAGUUCAUGUUUUGCUGAACUGACAUUAGAAGGCUGCAUAUUAAACCCAAUUGAGGCAAUCAGUUGGAGAAAUUUUAAGAGUUUGAGUAUAUACAAAGGGAAAUUAGAUGAAAAUUUGAUUGAAAACAUAUUAUGCCAAAUGAUACUGUAG